AUGACAGGAGUCCCUACUUUGCCGUCUGUCACUCUAAAAAGUCUCAUAAUGUCGUCAAAGGAAGUCAUUGACCCAAAAUUACUGAGGGCUCAAAGGAGUUCCAAAAGUCACAAAAAAAGAAAGCAAAAUGAAACGGCCGAGAACCCAAAAAGAAGAUGUUGCAACUUUCGACAAAUGGCAAAACUUCAGCAUGACAAAGCAGCUAAAGAGCCCGAUGCUGAUGAUGAAAAAGUCAAGAUUUUACACAAUGACAUAAAAAUAAACAAUGUUGUACUGGAUGGAAACAGUCUAGCCAAAGCAGAAGCAAUUUUAAUUGACUUUAAAAAAGCAAAAGAUCAAAUAAGCCCCAAGGUUUAUGUUACGCCUGCUGAUACGCAACAAUUCAAGCAUCUUGCGCCUGAGCUUGGCCAAGUAAAUGGCAAGCAAAGCAAGAAGUCCGACGUGUACUCUUUGGGAUUCUUAAUCAGAACCUUGAAAUACAAGUUUUCCAACUUUCCAUCAAUGUUUGUAAAAGUAUGUCGAUCCUGCCUGCGCACAAACGCAUCCCUAAGACCAUCAGCGAGCGAUUUGUGUGAGCAGCUGGUCAGAGGAAAGUAA